AUGACGACGCGCGGACACGGACACGGACACGGACACGGAAUGCAUUCCAAAGACGACGAAGAAAAAGUCCCGGACGGUUUCAAGCGAGUGAUGUCAAACGACGACGGCAUCACGUAUUACGAAGAAAUAUCCACGGGACGCAAAUUACACUCGCACGACGGCUUGAAACCGCACUCGCACGACCCGAUACCGAAUAAAGGGUCGUUUUUGAACCGGAGAAUAGCGACGUAUAAGAACAGAGACUUUUCCGAAAGAUGUUUUACGGUUGGGAUCGGAGGCCCAGUCGGUACUGGGAAGACGGCGUUGAUGUUGCAACUGUGCAGAUAUUUCACGAAAGAAGCGACGGAAGCAUCGCACGAGAGAAGAGAAAACAUCGUCGCGGUGACGAACGAUAUAUUUACGAAAGAAGACGGCGAGUUUUUAGCGAAACACGAGGCGUUACCGAUAGAGCGCAUCCGCGCGGUGGAAACCGGCGGGUGUCCGCACGCGGCGAUACGCGAAGACAUUGGCGCGAAUUUGAGCGAAGUCGAAAGCUUAACCGGGAAGUUCAACCCAGAGUUUUGUUUGUUAGAAUCUGGAGGGGAUAACUUAGCCGCGAAUUUCUCGCGAGAGCUCGCCGAUUUUAUCAUCUACGUCAUCGACGUGUGCGGCGGAGAUAAGAUCCCGCGGAAAGGCGGACCCGGAGUAACGCAGGCGGAUUUGUUAAUAAUCAACAAGAAAGAGUUAGCCGACGCGGUUGGCGCGAGCGUGGACGUCAUGACCCGCGACGCUAACGCGCAACGCGAAGGCGGGCCGGUGAUUGUCGCCAGCGUGAAAACCGGAGACGGCGUGAGAGAGAUUGCGGGGCACAUUUUGAAAGCCCACGACGAGGCGAUGUGUUACGGUCACGCGCAUCAUCAUCACUGA